CCAUAAUUCCUUCUUUAUAGCAUUUAGAAACAAUUGCCUUUUCAUCUUCAGCUAAUCUAGGCUCCAGUUCACCUUCUCCUCAACUUCUCAUUCGUAGGCAUCCAAUGAUCACACAAUUUCAAGAUGGAACCUUAAUACUGAAACAAUAUCUCUCUCUUUCUAUUGAAACUAAACCAUCUGACCUCACUGAGCCUACCACUUUCAAUCAAGCAGUUAAAUUUCCUCAAUGGCAUGAGGCCAUGUAGAAGAGGAAAUAUAGCAAAAUGGAAAUUUCAUUAUUGUAUGUUGAAUCUGCAUUACUUCCUUGGUUUAGAGGUUCGACGCCAAACCAAUAGUUUAUUUCUCUCUCAAAAGAAAUAUGCUGCUGAGCUUCUUUCAAAGGCUAGUAUGAUUAAUUGCAAGCCUGUAUCCACACCUCUCCCAAGUUAUCCUUCUCACUCAUCAAAUACAAGUGAAUAUCCUGAUCCUAGCUUUUAUAGAAGUAUCAUUGGUGCACUUCAGUAUCUUAGCUUCACUAGGCUACACAUUGUUUAUGCGGUUAAUUCUCUCUGUCGACAUAUGUCAAAGCCCUUACAGGCACAUUGGUUAUUGGUGAAAAGGUUGCUUCAAUAUGUUAAAGCUAAUUUUGAUCAUGGCUUUCAUUUUACAGCAGAUAACGAACAUAAUAUUGUUGCUUAUACUGAUGCGGAUUGGCUGGUUGUCUAACGACGAUAAGAUCUACUUUAUGCUUUCGUGUUUUUCUUGGUAAUAAUUCGAUUUCUUAGUCCUUAAAGAAAUAACAAACAGUUUCUCGUAGUAGUGCUGAGGUGAAAUACCAUGCCUUAGAUAGUGUUGUUAUUGAAAUUUGUUGGAUUUGGUCCUUGCUUAAAGAGUUGCACAUUUCUAUUCCCUUGUCUAUGGAGAUUUUCUGUGACAACUUACCCACCACUUAUCUAGUUGCCAAUCCAAUCAAUCACGCUCAAACCAAGCACUUAGAAAUUGAUCUUCAUUUUGUUCGAGAAAGAGUUCAAUGGGGUGAUAUAUCUGUCUGGCAUAUAUCCAGUUCUUCUCAGCUAGUAGAUAUCUUCACCAAAAGUUUAUCUUCUAUAGCCCAUAUUGUCAACAAGUCCAAUCUGGGUGUGGCAAGUCUACCCCCAGCUUACGGGGGGAUGAUAGCAUAGCUACUAUAGGACUCUUAUUUGUACA